UUAAGCAUACCUCAGGGGUGUUUGUAAUUUACCCUUAAAAAAAAUAAAAAAAAAUAAAAAUAGUUUAUUUGGUCAAAAUCAACUACCAAUAACGGUCUCACCUUCCGCUUCUCUUGUUCUUCCCUCCGCCCUCUCCACCCCCCUCUUUCCUCACACAUAUGCCAGGUGGGUAUGCAGAGUGAGAGAGAGAGAGAGAGAAAAAAAAACAGAGUCACCAUGCCCACCACCUUCCACCACCGCCGGAAACCCCAAACCACCACCACCACCACCGCAAUGCCUAAAAAAUCGCGACACAAAUUCAUCCUCCUCCUCCUCCUACUCGCCGCCCUCCUCCACCGCAUCUCUGCCGACGACGCAUCCGUAAUGGCCGCGUUAGCCAAAUCCAUCACCCCACCUCCACCCACAUGGACAGGCGCCGCGUUCUGCAAAUGGCAAGGCGUGAGCUGCGACCCCGCCGGAAAAGUCACCUCCAUCAACCUCUCCUCCAAAUCCCUCUCCGGCACAAUCCCGCCGGAGAUCAACCAGCUCUCCGCCCUCCGCUCCCUCAGCCUCCAACGCAACCACUUCUCCGGCCCACUGCCGCCCCUCUCCAACAUGCCCACCCUCGAACAAGUCUACCUCGACGAAAACGCCUUCGACUCCAUCCCGGCGAAUUUCCUCUCCGGCCUCACAAGCCUCCAAUCGUUCAGCAUCAACAACAACACAAAUCUCCCCCCGUGGAAUAUUCCCACCACCCUCCAAGAUUCCACCUCCCUAACAAGCUUCCUCGCCAGCAAGGCGAACAUAAUCGGCCAAAUCCCCGAUAUUUUCAACUCCCUCCCGAAUUUCCAAAUCCUCCGUCUUUCAUACAACAACAUGACGGGCACGUUGCCCGUCUCGUUCGCCAGGUCAGGCAUCCAAACCCUAUGGCUCAACAGUCAAGGAACGGGAUUUUUCGGAGGCAUAUACCUCCUCGGUACAAUGACAGCUCUGCAAAGCGUUUGGCUCCAAUCGAACAAAUUCACCGGGCCCAUUCCGGAUCUUUCUGGAUGCACCGAACUCUCCGAUCUCCAGCUCAGAGACAAUUCCCUCACCGGAGUAAUCCCCGAUUCGCUGACUAAGCUUCCCAAGCUUCAAACCGUCGCUUUACAGAACAACAAAUUCCAAGGCCCGAUGCCGAGUUUCUCGACGGGCGUGCAAGUGAAUCUUGGCAACCAAAACAAUUUCUGUCUCUCUACACCGGGCCCUUGCGACCCUCAAGUCACCGCCUUGCUCGAGGCGGCGGGUGCGAUGAACUACCCCAUGGCCUUGGCCGAAACUUGGGACGGAAACAACGCUUGCCAACAAUGGACGUUUAUUACGUGCGAUAAGGGGAGUGUGACGAUCGUCAAUUUCGCGAAGCAGAAUUGGACAGGGGUAAUAUCGCCCGCGUACGCCAAUUUGACGAAUCUGAAAUCUUUAUUAUUGAACGAUAAUAGUCUCGUCGGGACCAUACCUCGGAGCUUGACAAGUUUGACCCAGCUGCAGAUUCUUGAUCUCACUAAUAAUAACAUCUCCGGUAAAGUGCCGGAGUUUUCUUCCUCCGUUACAGUCAAACUCACCGGAAAUUUACUCAUCGGAAAAGACAUCCCGCUUAGCCCACCUCCCGGGAUGGGAACUUCAUCUUCAGGUAGCGGCGGCUCAGACGGUGGAGGAGCAAGCUCCUCCACUUCACCAUGGGUGAUAAUUGUACCCGUCGUUCUGCUCGUUAUCGUGUUUUCAGUAUUGGGAUUUUUCGCCUACAAACGCUACUUAAAAAGACAAAACGAAAAAUACAGAUCUUUCAGCAGCAAGAAAACGACGGGCUUUAAUAUCGACCCGUUCAAGGACGAACAGAAAAGCCCAGGUGCAAGUAGCGACGAAAAAGGCAGCAACGGAAAAGGCAGCAACGACUACCAUAUAUACGAUGGCGGGAACGUGAUAAUCCCGAUCGAAGUCCUCCAGGUGGCGACAGACAGCUUCAGCGAAGACAACAUCCUAGGAAGAGGAGGGUUCGGAAUCGUCUACAAAGGGCAGCUACACGACGGCACCGAAAUAGCUGUCAAGAGAAUGGAGUCGUCGUUAAUCAGCGACAAAGGGCUCCACGAAUUUAAAGCGGAGAUCGAGGUGCUUACAAAAGUCAGGCACAGGAGCUUGGUUGCACUCCACGGAUUCUGCGAGAAUGGGAACGAGAGGCUUCUGGUGUACGAGUAUAUGCCGAAGGGCUGUUUGGGGCAGCAUUUGUUUCACUGGAAAGAAAUGGGGAUACCUCCGUUGAAUUGGAACCAGAGGGUGACUGUGGCGUUGGAUGUCGCGAGAGGGGUCGAGUAUUUGCAUAGUUUGGCGCAGCAGAGCUUUAUUCAUAGGGAUUUGAAGCCGUCGAAUAUUCUUCUUGGAGAUGAUUUGAGGGCUAAGGUUUCUGAUUUCGGAUUGGUUCGAUCGGCACCUGAUGGGAAUUACUCGGUCGAGACACGGUUAGCGGGAACUUUUGGUUAUCUUGCUCCCGAAUAUGCAGCCACAGGAAGAGUUACCACAAAAGUAGACGUGUACGCUUUCGGUGUGGUCCUGAUGGAGAUAAUCACCGGCAGAAAAGCCCUCGACGACUCCCUACCUGACGAAAAGAGCCACCUGGUGACAUGGUUCAGGCGGCUCCUCUACGACAAAGAGGCGGUGAUCGCUGACCUGGACCCUGUUCUCCGGUCAGCCAUGGACGAAGACAGCUUCAAGAGCAUCUGGAAAGUUGCUGAGCUGUCGGGCCACUGCACCGCCAGAGAGUCUUACCAAAGACCAGACAUGAGCCAUGCUGUCAACGUGCUGUCCACUCUGGUGGAGCAGUGGAAGCCCGCCCCCGAUGACGAGGACAGCUUCGGGCAAGAACUUGAUAUGAGCCUACCAGAGGCUCUGCAGAGAUGGAAGGCUAACGAGGACACGUCAUCAACUAUGUCGUUCAAUACGAAUCACUCCAGCAGCAAUAUGAAGCCGCCUUGCUUACGAAGAACUUGGAACAUCCGUAUCUGCUAUCGACUCAAAGAUUGUGUCCUCUCAUAUGCCUAGACAAGAAAAUCGAGAUC